AUGAUUAAUCCGAAGGACGAGGGUAGGAAUUUAGAGAGGCAGUGGCAGAAGGGUGUACCAGUAAUGAACCCUACAAAGCCCACAUCCCACAGCUUUGGGCCCACCACCUACUCUAUAUGUUCACUUCCCGAGAUCCCCAUCUGCGAGGCGUGCUUGCUUCCCGGAAUAUUCUCCGGCAAGUCACCGGUAUUUUGGUUCCCAAUAUCCGAAAAAGAGGGUAGUUCAAUGAUAAGGAAGAUCCUUAAAAGUUUUUGUUGCAGUAAUGGAUGGUCUUAUGGGAUUUUCUGGGGUUUCGAUCAGAAAAAUUUCUUAUUGUUGACAUUACAAGAUUCUUACUAUGAAGAACAAAUGGGAGAUGUGAUUGAGAAUAUGCUUCUGCAAGUGCACGUAUUUGGUGGAGGGGUAGUUGGCCAAGCUGCAUUCACUAAAUCCCACAGAUGGAUAUUCUCAGAUGCCCAUCAUGAAAGGCAGAAUUCUUUAGCAUUGAUUGGGAGUCCUGAUAUUUUCCAGGAUGAUUCGGAAUUCUAUUGCCAAUUCUCUACUGGUAUAAAGACAAUAGUUGUAAUCUCAGUGGAACCAUUUGGUGUGGUGCAAUUUGGAUCUACCGAGAAGAUCCCAGAGAGAGAGGAAUUUGUUGAUCAAGUCAAAGAACAUUUUAGAGGGAUGAGUAAAGAUCAGUUAAUCGUGUUAUCAGAGAAUAAAUCUUCAUCUUUAGAUUGUGAAAUUUUUGCGGGCUAUGAGGAUUUGAUGGAUGCAAAUUAUUCUUCAGUGAUUCCUAUCCAGUCACUUCCUUCUAGGUCGAGCCAUCAGAGCAUGAACUCCUUAUCCUCUAUAUCUUCUCUAUUCGAGAACCAAACUCGAAUUGGAAGCAAAUCGAACAAUGAAAUGGAACAGUUGCUUUUAGAGACUGCUGCUUACUUUGAUUCCUCAACCGCCCCAGCACCUAGCAGCGACAGUGGAGAUUCUGUUGUGACUUCAUCGUGGCAUUAUUUGCCACCUGAACAGAGUGAGAACGCUUCAUUCUCAAAACUGAGCAGUUAUGAGUCUUGCAGAGAUUCGAAUUUGUAUCCUCAUGGGAACUUGGCAUUCAAUUCACUGCACAACCAACAUUUGUCAAAAGAACCGCUGAAUAACCAGAAUUGUACUCUGUUGCUCCCCUCAAAUGAUUGUAAACUGGAUGACUUCUCUCAGUGGCUUUCACCUCUACCAGACGAAAGCAGUACCUCAUUUGCUACCACACCCGGUAAUGGCAAAUCAUCUGCCACGGGAUUCACUCCACAGUUUAGUUUUCGUGGACAUAACUCGACUAUAAACGUCUUGGAAAAUCUUCCCUCAAAUUCAAUACAAAGUUCCAUCACAGAAUCAUUCAACUCUAAUGGAAAAAAGAAAUUUUCUGACAUGUCUGGCAUAGACAGACUCUGUGAUGGUCUUGGAAUGGAGCCCGGGUCUAAAACAUCAGAGGAUUGGAGUGAAAUUCUGAUGCCAGUUGUGAACGGUGGAAAUUUGGACUUCAGUAUGGAAAACUCGAAAUGCAUCUCAGAGCAAUACAUUGGAUCCAAAGUCGAGAAUCCCAACAGCUUGUUCUCCAAAUUAGGACUUGAUUAUCUUUUGGGAGGUACCGCUAGUAGCUCUUGUUCAUCUGCCAGAUCCAGAUUUGAGGAUCAAGUUUCAUCCACUGCUAAAAGAAGAAAAAUUGACGAUCAUUAUUGGAACUCUGACCGAGUGAAAUUUCGAGGUCUUCCUAGCUAUGAUGGGAAAAUGAAGUCACUGAAUCCAUUAUAUGAUCCCAAUAAAACAAGUUUUCUUGAGCCCAACUAUGAAGCCUCUACAAAAGGAGGUUCACUAAUAGGUGGUGAUAACGGAAGCAUGAAUAAUUCAUUAAAAGGUAAUGAAGGACCUGCAAAAAUGAUGAAGAAGAAGGCUAAACCAGGAACUCGCCCCAGGCCAAAAGAUCGUCAGCAGAUCCAAGACCGUCUUGUGGAAUUGAGACAACUCAUUCCUAACGGUGAAAAGAUGAGCAUUGAUCGUUUGUUGCAACAAACUAUAAGACACUUGAAUUUCAUGCAAAGUUUGAUGAAACAUAGAGAGAGCCUUAAGAAAACUGAUAGUCCAAUGAUAGACAACUCCAAUGGUCAUGAUGUUGGAGUCACAUGGGCAUGUGAAGUUGGCGAUCAAUCUAUGCUUUGUCCUCUGAUAGUUAAGGACCUAAGUUCCCCCGGCCAAAUGCUUAUAGAGACCCUUUGUGAUGAACAAGGCUUCUUUUUGGAAAUUAUAGAUGUAAUUCGAAAUUUUGGCUUGAUUAUCUUGAAGGGAGUGAUGGAAGUUCAAGAAACCAAGAUUUGGGCACACUUCAUAGUCGAGGCUGAGGGAAACUCACAUGUCACGCGCCAUGAAAUUUUUUCCUCGCUCAUUCAGCUUUUUCAAAUGAGUCCUGGCCCAACAAGUGGGUUGAAUGCAAGUGAUCAAAUUGGCGAUAUUUACAGUUCAGGGGCUUCUUUAUUCAACAAUUGUCAACCUGUUGUUUCACUCCCCAUCAUCUCAGCCGAUUCUCUUCAACAUACGAGCUUGUAA